CAUGGGUUCAUAUUGGUGGACAGCUGAAUGAAAUCUCUGAGGGAUGUUAUGCUCCACCAUGCUCAGGUUAUAAAAGCUGCUUCUACCUCAAACAUUUUUGCUUUGAAUGAAGUCGUUCGUCUUUACGCUAAUCAUGGACUCCCGCAUGUUGCCCAGAAGUUGUUUGAUGAAAUGCCUCAGCGAAAUGUAUUCUCUUGGAAUACCGUCAUAUCGGCUCAUAUCAAAGCUCGGAACCUGGCUCAGGCACGAGCUCUUUUUGAUUCUGCCCCUCAUAAAGAUUCGGUUUCUUAUAACUCCAUGUUAUCUGGUUAUGUUAGUGCUGAUGGAUAUGAAACUGAGGCGCUUAAUUUGUUUACUACAAUGCAAUCCAUACAUGAGACAACUGGAAUUGAUGAGAUCACUCUGACGACAAUGAUUAACUUGGCUACAAAGCUUCGUGUUGCUCUUUUUGGAAGGCAAAUACAUUCAUACAUGGUGAAAACUGCAAAUGAUGGAAGUGCAUAUGCAGUGAGUUCUCUUAUUGACAUGUACUCGAAAUGUGGGUUAUUUGGUGAAGCUUGUAACGUCUUCAGUGGUUGCAAUGGGGAGGUGGAUUUGAUUUCAAAGAAUGCAAUGCUUGCUGCUUGUUUCAGGGAAGGAAAGAUGGGCAUGGCUUUGAAUAUAUUUUGGGAAAGUCCCGAAUUGAACGACAUUAUAUCCUGGAAUACAUUGAUUGCCGGGUAUGCCCAGAAUAGUAAUUUCGAGAAAUCACUUGCCUUGUUUGUUCAAAUGGUUCGAGAUGGCGUUAGCUGGGAUGAACGCACUUUAGUGAGUGUUUUGGGUGCUUGCUCUGGCCUACAAUGCUUAGCACUUGGGAAGUCUGUCCAUGCUUGGGUGUUGAAAAACACCUCAUUUUCUAAUCAAUUUAUUAGCAAUGCCAUUGUUGAUCUCUACUGCAAGUGCGGGAAUCUCAAAUAUGCAGAAUCCGUUAAUGCAGGAACCAAGACUAGUAACCUCUUUGCAGUUGCUUCAUUUAUUUCAGGCUAUUCAUCUCAAGGCAACAUGAGAGAAUCCCAAAGACUUUUUGAUUCACUAACAGAAAAAAACUCCGUCGUCUGGACGGCUCUAAUUUCUGGUUAUGUCAAAGCAAAGCGAUGUGACGUAGUCUUCAAACUUUUUAGAGAGUACAUGACCAAUGAAGCAUUAGUUCCUGACGGGUUGGUCAUUAUCAGUGUGCUUGGUGCUUGUGCUAUAGAAGCCACGCUUACUUUGGGAAAGCAGAUUCAUGCUCAUGUCUUGAGAAUGGGAAUUGAAAUGAAUGAAAAAUUACCUAGUGCUUUAGUUGAUAUGUAUUCAAAAUGCGGGAAUAUAGAAUAUGCUGAGAAAAUUUUCCAUCUAGUUGCUGGUAGUGAUAGAGAUACAGUCUUUUAUAACAUUAUGAUAGCUGGUUUUGCUCACCAUGGACUUGUGAAUGAAGCGUUUAAGCUUUUUCAGGAGAUGUUGAAGAAACAUAUCAAGCCAGACGCGGUGACCUUUGUUGCACUUCUAUCAGCCUGUGUACAUCGUGGACUAGUCAAUCUAGGAGAGCAGAUUUUUUGUUCCAUGGAAGUAGAUCACAACAUUUUGCCAGGUGCUGAACAUUAUGCGUGUAUGGUUGAUAUGUAUGGAAGGGCUAAUAAACUAGAGAAGGCAAUAGAAUUCAUGAGAAAGAUUCCUGUACAAAUGGACGUCAAUAUCUGGGGAGCAUUUUUUCACGCUUGUCGUUUAAAUGGUAAUAUAGAGCUUGCUAAAGAAGCAGCGGAGAAACUAUUGAAAGUGGAGGCAGAUAAUGGGUCUCGUUAUGUGCAAUUGGCUAAUGUAUAUGCUUCGGAGGGGAAUUGGGAUGAGAUGGGAAAAAUAAGGAACAAAAUGAGGGGAAAAGAGGCAAGGAAACUUGCUGGGUGUAGUUGGAUGUACGUGGAAAAUGGCAUUCACGUAUUUACUUCAGGCGAUAGUUCUCAUUCAACAUCAGAUGAAAUAUAUUCUGCUUUGGUCUGUUUGAAAGAUAUGAUGUAUUUUUCAUCCGCAGAACUGGAACAGCUUUAUGAAGAUUCAGGGGAAUUCUUUUGAGGACAUAAAGCGUCAAUUAGCCAGUGCCAUUGAAUGUGAUUCUUUGGCACAUUAAAGGAGAAGUCUGUUUUGUGGCGAUCACGUCGUCAGAAUUCGAUGCCCGAGGUAUGCAGAGACAAAUGUUGGAAGAAAACAGGUGAUACUGGUUGCCAAUGUUAUUGUUGGACCACUGGGAAUAUGAUUGGAUGUUCUGUUCCUGAAACCACAACAGAACAGGAUAGAGCCAAGGAUCACAUAAUCCAAAACCUUAGUGACAUGUUAACUGGAGUUCAUUCCUUGUCGCCUCUUCUUAAUCUAAACUGUUUAACUUCAAGGCAUAGCGAGUAUUUGCCUUGUCCACAUUUUGGGUCCAAAGAACUUUCACGUAAGGUUAGAGAUCAUAAUAUACUACAGCAAUCCAGAAUUUGUAAGCCAGUUGGCGCAAAAGCAAACUGCGAGAUUGAAAGCCCAAAGAGCAAGAUUUGAUUCAGGUUAUUAUUAGGAACACAAGUAUUUUCCAGACCAUUAAGUAAUGCGCCAACUUGGAAUCUUGUAACCACAUGAAGACAGAUCUGCUGGUGUGAUUGACAUUAUUGGUCCAGUCCGGCGAAGUAAUCAAUCCCGUUCCAGUCCUGCCUAAUUUAGGUUUAGAAAUCUGGCUGGCCCUGUGGGUUGGUUGAAUUGACC